AGAUUCCUCUAAAGUCUGAACCCUAAUCUAAUCGUUGUUGUUUGGUCUUUGCUAUGGAGCUGGCCCUAAUUUCGUGACCUCUUCAUAUCUCUAACCCUAGAAUUUUCCUCCCAUGGAGGGUUCUGAAGAGGAUAUCGGGGCUCCGGAUUCAUGGGAAAUAACAGAUGUGGAUGAGAGCGUGAAGAGGUUAAUGCUCUCCUCCAAGAAUUCCACUGUCUCGUGUCUGCCACGGAUUUCAUCGUCUGAAUUCCCCUCCGGUGAUGAUCCUCCGUCAGCUGCCAUUUCUGCUGGUGUUGCUUCUUCUGCGGUUGCCUCUGCUUCUUCUUCCUCUGUUGAUUCGGAGAGGAAUGGAGGGUUCUCUGAAAAUGUUAUCUAUCAGGUGGAUCAGUUUCUCCAGGAAGCUUUGCAGAACCCUCGUGAGCGACUAUCAAUUCUGCGGAUGGAACAAGAUGUUGAGAAAUUUAUCCGUGAUCCCACACAACAGCAAAUGGAGUUCCAACAGUUGCCCACUUCCUAUUUGCGCUUGGCAGCGCAUCGUGUGGCUCAGCAUUACUACCUGCAGUCCAUGGUUAUAUUAGACAACAAUUUACCUGAUGGCUCUGGAUCCAGAAUUGUUGUCUGCAAGACUUCUGAGUUCCGACUUCCUCCAAUUCGUCUGGCAGACAUACCCGUAAACUUACCGCAAGAGGACAUCAAUAAUGUCUUUAAGGUUGCAAUCAAACAGAGACCGCAGAAGCGAACACAGGCAGUCAACAGUUUAAAUUCUCACUCAUCUAAGGCAAGUCACUCAAAAAGUGUGGAGGAACGAAAAGAGGAAUAUAACAGAGCUCGUGCCCGGAUAUUUAGUUCCAACAGUAUUGGUGGCACCGUUGGAAAACCAGGUGAGGUCACAGUGCAGGAUAGUUUCCAAUCCUUCUCCUUGGGUUCUACAGGAGAAGAGAAAUCUGUUGCUGAAGGCCCUGAUUUCAACCUUAGUAGGAGUGUCAGUGAUUCUUCUAUGGUUAGCAGUAGAUCUGGUAGAAGUAGGACAGAGAAGGAGCUUCUUGGUAGAUACAAAGCUAACAACAGGGUAGCAAUCUUCCGGGAUCGUGAGAUUGAACGGAAGGAUCCUGACUAUGACAGGAGCUAUGAACGGUAUAUGCAAAGAUUCGACCCUGGGUUCGGGUUCAAUGGAGGACAAUAUCCCAUGCAGCCCAUGUAUUCCCCUGCACUGAACUACAAUACCGAAUUCCCUCAGCUUGGAUCAGCUCAUAGGCCUCACAUUUCUAUGGAUCACCAGCCUCAGCCAAUUCCUCAACACCUACGUGCGUGGGCUGCUGCGUCGAACCCUGCAGGAAUUGGUUAUGGUCCCCCAGAGACCAUGAUGGCCCCUUUCAAUCCGAAUCAUGUUAGUGCACAUUCAACCUCUGCUAUCUAUCUGCCUUCCUCUCAGUAUCCUUGCCCACGCCCUGCAAUGGCAUUUGUCCAUCCUCACGAACAUGUGCACCAACCUUUUUCUCAGCAGCAAUCUGAAGCAAGUGUUGGAUUAGCCCGGCCCCGUUGAGGGGCUUGGGCAAUGCCUGUGCCCUGCCAGUAUAAAAUGGGGCUUGAAUCGCGGAAGGAUGCAGCUGUGGCGAUUGUGAUUAUCUCAACUGGCAGAGGUGCAGGCAUAAGAACCCGAAGUUGACUGGAGUGCGCACCAUACCGUUUGAAACACUUGUUCCGUUCCAUGAACCUCGGUUUCCAUGGAUGCUUCUUGCACCUUUGAUUAAGAAGCCCCAGAUUUAGGCAGUCCUGUAGGAUUGGGCCAUGCUUUCAGGAAGCCCUGCUGUGACAUCAUGAUGAUGAUGAUGAUGACGAUGAAUGUGGAGAACAAUUAGAGAAGCACUCAGAGUUGCGAUGCAAAUACUUGCAAGGAUGGAGGUUUGUUGCCAUAAU